UCGACAUCAUUCUGACUUCCGACUUCAGAGCUCCAACUAGAAUAGCAAUCAGCAAGAUGCGCGCCUUCAUCGUCCUGUGCCUCGUGGCCAUCGCCUCCGCCGACAAGCUCGGCUACAACUACAAGCCCGUCGGCCACUCCAGCUCCGGACUGUCCUUCGCUCCUGGCAGCGGUUCCCUGAGCCUGGGAGGCGGCGGUGGAUCCUUGGGCCUCGGCGGAGGUAGCGGAUCCUUGGGCCUGGGAGGCGGCAGCGGAUCUUUGGGCCUGGGUGGCGGCAGCGGAUCCUUGGGCCUGGGAGGCGGCAGCAACUUCGGAAGCUUGGACAGCGGACUUGGCGGUGGCUCUAUCGAUCUGGGAUCAUCUGGUCUCGGCUCCUCUGGACUUGGCUCCUCUGGACUUGGUUCCUCUGGUUUUGGAUCCAGCUUGGGAUCCGCUGGACUGAGCGCCCCAGUCUCCUACAACGCCCCCGCCCCCUCUGCUGAACUUGAGAAGGAGUUCUUCACCUUCACCGCCAACGAGGAGGACUUCGAUGAGCCCCAGGCUUUGGAACGCGUUGCCAGCUCCGUGAACAAGGGUCUGCGUGUGGUCUUCAUCAAGGGACCCGAGAACCGUGGUCUGGAGAACGCUGCUCUGGCUCUGGCCAAGCAGGCUGCCCAGCAGGAGACCGCCAUCUAUGUCCUGAACAAGCAGGCCGACAUCGGAGACCUUGCCCAGAAGUUGAACGCCAUCCGCAGCAACUCGAACAACAAGCCUGAGGUGCACUUCGUCAAGUACAGGACUCCUGAGGAUGCUGCCAAUGCCCAGCGUGCCAUCCAGUCGCAGUACGACCAGUUGGGAGGAUCCAGCCAGGCCAUUAACGGUGGUGUUGCCAACGCCCUGAACUUCGCCUCCGCCGGACCAGUGCGUCAGGCUACCGCCCAGAUCCCCGAGAACUCGUACCUGCCCUCGUCGGUGCUCCGUCGCCUGCGUUAUCGCCACUAAGAAGUGCCAUAGCUUUUAGCUGAACCAUUUGUUGACUUUUGUGUUAUCUAUUGAUUUGUCGAACGAACCCCUCAAAUACAAUUCUUCUUUUACUUUA